GAGUGAGUGAGACGGUGGCGACCGUGCUCUGACCUAGCCCCUCCCGCUUCCGUUGUAUAUAUAUAAGGCCGUAUCUCUCUCUAUUUACCACUUCGAGAUUUUGGUAUGGAAGCUCUGCUACUUGGAAGCGAAUCACCUGCUGUCAAAGCUCUCGGCUCCCUCUUCAAGCUCACCCAAGUCUUCCUAUGGGAUGAUUCUUCAAUGGAGACCCUAGAAGGGCUGUCUUGUCGUGAACUUACAGAUUCUCUUCGUGAUGACGAUCAGACCAGCUCAGACACCAUUCUUGCAACGAAAGAUUGUUGCCCUUUAUCAGAUGACAUGGAACUCACCAGGCAGAUGAGUGCAUUAGGGCUUCCUAUUUCCUUCCAAACAAACAAGGAAGCAGCUCUCAGAUGUAAUGAAGAAAUUAUGAGUUCUAUUGCUAAGGAUUUCUUCAAAGGGUUACCAGAAUCAAUGCAUAGUUCAAUGGUUGCACAGAAUGUUCCCAUCUCUAAAAAAAAGAGGAGCCAUGGCAAGAUCAAAGGGAAAAGAAAGGAUAUGAACAAGCAGCAUCUACAUGGUCAUGAAAGAAGUGAUGAUAGUGUACUAGAUUUAAUCAAAGUGAGUGAAGGGGAUAUUGCAUCUCCCACUGUUUUUCAUGGUAAAACCAAUGAUUCUUUAUGUUCCAUGUCAAUGCUGGACCAAAGUGAAUCAUCUUACUGUGGUAUUGCAGUGGACUUCAAUAAAACUCAAUGCCUUUGUGGUGAGGAAGAAGAUUUGGCAGAUUUGACUGCCAGGACUACUUGUGCUGCUGUUGAGGAACAGGCAUGUGAUGGAGUAUCCAGCAUUAUAACAAAUUAUAGCCUGGAUUGUGGCUCCAUGCACAGCAAUGUUUUUUCAAAGGACAACAUGAAAACUGCAGCGGUGUCAAACAAUUCAGAUGCUGGAACUUCCCCAGGAAGCAUUACCAUAGAUGAUGAUAUUGAGCAUCACAAGAACGAACAGGAUAGAGGAUUAAUGGAACUUUCAUGUAUGGAAGGUUUCUUGGUGGUUGAUGGUGAUUCAGAAGGUGAGAAAUUCUACAGUGAUAUUUGUAUUGAGCAGCCGCAGGGCCGUGAUGUAGGUGCAUGCUCACAGUCUUCAGAAAUGCUUGACCACGAUGAAACUGACAGUAAAGACAAUGGUGAUUUCGAAGACUGGACCUCAUACUGGGACUCUUUCUACAAGAGAAACUAUUUUUAUAACACCAAAACACAUGAGUCUACAUGGGACCCUCCUCCAGGCAUGGAACACCUAGUAUUUGGUGAAGGCAUUGAAAAAUCAGAAGAAAUGAUUGUUGAGAUGGCUGAAAAGAAUUUUAAUUCUGCAGUUUCUUCCCAUCAUAGUAAAUCGCUAGAUCUAAAUUCUUAUGAUUUGCGGUGUGAGUCUGAUUCAUUUGGGGAAUCCAAGAAAGACGAUAAAUCACUGGACCAGCCACCUACUGAGCCCUUCGGGGAGUUUGAGCUUGCUGGUGACAACUUUUGUGACUUGAUGACUACGCCUACUGUAGACUGUGGUUUUGAACAGUUGAAUGAAACCGAGGUGAUCAAUAAAAAUUGUUGUGACGAAAAUUUAUUACAUUUGUUAUCAGAGCACACAUGCAGUUGGGGAAAUGAAAUCAGGCAAAUAGAUUGUGGUGAGGUUUGCAGUACAAAUUUGCAGAUAACAGAUGCUUAUAGAACUGAAGAACUGGAUUGCUCUGGACAAAUAGGUAACUCUGAGGAGAUUAUCUUUUGUGAGGGAAUCCAAUCAAACUGUGAUUGUGAUGAUGCCAUCCAACCAUCAGAUGCUUGCAGCUUCGGCACUGCACUUGUUCUAUCGGAGGACAAUUGGAAUGGUAAUGUGCUUCUUGGCCCAAUGGAUCGUGCAACAGACAAGUUGGAAAAUGAGCAAAAUUCUGUCACUAGAAAACUGAACAAGAAAGCAAGGAAGAGAACACGACUGAACAGGAAAUUAUCUAGUGACUCUGAAGAGCUUCAAUUCCAAGGGAUUUUGGAGGAGUUCUCUCCCAGUAUUGGCAAAUAUUGGUGUCAAAGAUAUCUACUCUUCUCCAAAUUUGAUGAUGGAAUAAAAAUGGAUGAAGAAGGUUGGUUUUCUGUCACUCCAGAACCUGUAGCCAGGCAUCAUGCAUUUCGUUGUGGUACUGGUAUCAUAAUUGAUUGUUUUACUGGGGUUGGUGGGAAUGCCAUCCAAUUCGCACAGAGGAGCAAACAUGUUAUUGCAAUCGAUAUUGACCCGAAGAAGAUUGAUUAUGCACAGCAUAAUGCAGCCAUCUAUGGAGUUGAUGACCGUAUAGAGUUCAUAAGAGGUGACUCUUUCCUCUUGGCACCGAGGCUGAAGGCAGACACUGUCUUCUUGUCACCUCCCUGGGGUGGGCCCAAUUAUACUAAAGUAACGACAUAUGAUAUGAAGACAAUGCUCAAGCCACAUGACGGACAUGUCCUGUUUAAUGUUGCAAGGGGAAUUGCUUCCAAAGUUGUCAUGUUCCUUCCAAGAAAUGUUGAUUUCAAUCAACUGGCCGAGUUAUCUCUAUCUGCCAAUCCUCCAUGGUCACUAGAGGUCGAGAAGAACUUCUUAAAUGGCAAGUUGAAGGCAAUAACUGCAUACUUCACUGACACAUCAUCAGUGUAGAAGACACAGAAACCAGCUUCAUAAACGAAAGUUCAAUGUCGAGAUUGAUUGAGAUAUUGACACCAUAUAUUUAGUUAGGUAAACAAGUUACUCUAAUGGCUUGUAUAUCAUGUACAGUUUUGUAUCGCAUAUGUAAUGUUAUAUGUUCAGAAGGUUUUGUAAAUUGUGGGUCGGAGACCCUUAUCGUCACUGUAUUACAAGCAAGGUGCGAUUGUAGCUUUGUUCGAAUUCCCGGCUCAAAUGUGUUUAAUGGUAAAAACUUGUGUGAGAGUUUGAUCUUGCAA